AUGACGGUUAAGUACAAUUCAAGAGGAGGGGAGAGUGAGCUAUGUGGACACCAGCAAGACUGUGGCUCUCUACAUCAGAGGACUGAGGCCAGGGAAGACAGUGCUGGCCAAGGUAAUGCGGAACCAGUCGCGCCUGGAAGUGAGCAGCUUCGCCCGCGAAGGUACCGCGUCCCACGGCUGCGGCUCCUUGCAGCGGGAUCCGCCGGCCUAGCCCGCUCGCCGCGGUGCGGCCGGGGGCGCACCGACCGAGACCCCGCGUCCGGCCGCCCGCCCCCUUCCCGCUCGGCCCGGCCCCCUGCAAGGCCUACACUUCCCCCCCCAAAAAACGCCCGUGCGGCCCCGAGCCGCGGUCGCCCCCACCCCGCCUCCGGGAAAGGUGGCCCGGACGCCCGGGAAGGGAAGGCAGAGCCGGCGGGGCAAGAGCGCACUGCCGGGCAGCGGGAGUCCAAGCGCGCGGCGGAGCGUCCAUGCUGCCGGCGCGGGCGGGCGUCCCGAGCCCCGCACCCUCCCGUACGCACGGUCCGCGCGGCCGGCCGGAGGCCACUUACUUUUGGGGCCGCCGACCUCCCGACUCCCUCCGGGGGAAAUGAAAGUUGUCACGGCGUCUCCCCUCGGGCCCCCCUCGCCUGCCCGGCUUGCGAGGCGCCGCCGCGGAGCCGGGAGGGCGGCUGCGCUCCCGCUUGCAGAUGGCGUCACUUGAAACCAAUCCCAGUGAAUGAACUCAGCGGAGCCCCGGGGAAAGGAGGAGACAGGCGAGGGCAGGGCGGUGGGCGCCGGGCGGGGCCGUGCGCCCGCCCGCCCGCCCGCCCGCCCGCCCAUCCCGCGGCCGCCCGGGUCCGCAGCGCGGCUCCGAGCCUUGGCUUCGGCCGCGCGGGGAGGGGUCGGGUCACGUUCCGUUCCGGAGUUCGGCGACUCGCAGGCAGGUUCCGCAGGCGCCGCUGGGAGGAGCCGGGGCUGCCCGAGGAGGCCGCCCCGCGGCCUCCUCCUUCCGCGUCCGCGCGCUCGCCAGCCCCGACCCCGGGCCCGAGUCUGCGUCCCAACAGCAACGUGACCAAUGAACACGGUGGUUUUCCUGAAGACAGUCUUGCAAAGGCGAGAUUGCAGUGA